AUGGACGAUGAUUCCUUGUCAGAGGCCAUCCUGAGCACGGAUCCUACGUUAGGUGACGAUGACGAUGCAGACACCACCUCGAUGGCAGCGACUGAGCAAUCUUCGAUGUCUGGUCACCCCGCACAGUUGUCUACAGCAACUACUUCAGUCUUUGGCGCUGAUGAUGCAACUAAAUGUCAAGCAAGUGAUUCAACAGCUCCAGGUGUUGUCUUCAAGCGCCCAAUUGAGCCUAUUGAGCCUAUUGAGCCUCGCAAGCCGCUUACCUUGCUUGACCUGCCACUCGACAUUUUGAGAGAAAUUGUCAAAGAGAUUACCCUUACACAUGACCUGACCUCGCUUGCCCGUGCUUGCUCUGCUCUCCACGCUUUGGCCAUUCCUGCUAUGUAUUCACGAUUCGACAUUGUCUGGCCGGAGCCAACUCCCGUGUCGGAUCAACCAGUAGGGGUGGAUGCACUUUCAUACGGCUUGGCGACAUUGGUGAUGGGUGCAAAUGCGUUCAAAGAAAGCCCCAAUGCAUCCUCUCGACGUGGUCAACACCGUUGUCACCAAUGCGGCUGUGAUGGAUUUUCUCAUCAUCGAGCCACUCCUCAGGAACCUACGACCCCUUCCAGAACAAAAUUUGGUCAGUUCAGGAUUGGCAACUCCUACGCCCAAUACACGAAGAAGUUCUGUGUCGGUAAUGGGCCCCCUGAAUGGGUACAAGAAUAUGCGAUUACGAGAGAAACGGGUAAACUGCUAGGGACAUUGGUGGCUCUGGCAGUCUCUAGGAUGGUAAACCUGGAGAGCUUUAUUUGGGAUAUGCCUACAGGGGUCAUGCGAGAUGUCUUCCUUGCUCUCGCGUCUUUUGACACACGCCCUGACUGCGAGUGCCGCUUAGAGAAAGUUUGGGUUCGAUGGCACGAUAACAGUCGAAGAGUGGCCGUUUUUCCAAAUGAUACUUCCUCGUUAGCACUAAGAAACAACCCCAUGGGUCUGUACAGGUUUGUGGAAUAUCCCACUUUCUCGGUCUUGCCGCCAUUAGGGUCCUUGAGCGUGUUAAACAUUGAUGAGCCGACAUAUUUGGAGGAAAUGGCUAUCCUUAUAGAUCGCUCGAGGCUUAAGUUACGCGAACUGCGCAUUGGGAUGCAGAAACGAUUCCAGCCGGAGAAAUGGGUGUAUCCAAUUGAGAUAGCACCUCCCUCAAGUGCACGCUCUCAACGGGAAGCACCGAAUUGGCCUAAGUCUGGGGGCGUUCUAUCAAUAUUGCUGGAUGCAUCUGACACAAAACAUACCAUGCCCACCGAAUAUCCUGUUGAGGGACCUUGGAUUGAGGAUGAAAACGAUCUUCAUAUCUCUACCUCCCCUUCAGUUGUCCCUCCAACAGGGCAGAGUGAUGGGGUGGAUGCUACUUCGCACAUGUUUGGCCACUUGACAGUCAACGACGUGCAAGAGCCGCAACAUCACCCGGCUCAGUCGACGAUACCCGUGAAUUUUGAGAAUGAUAUAAAAAAAAUUUUCAGCGUUCCGCAAGCUAUGCAUAGUCCCGCAAAUGGCGGGAAAAUUGACCAGCCGCAGAAUCUCAAGCUGGAAAUUCUUGAAUUGGAGAAUGUUGUCAUCCACACGCCUACGCUCAUAAAAGCUAUUGAUUGGAGUCGGCUGACCACACUUACAAUACUCAACUGUGAGGAGCAUGAAUCUCUGUGGAGAGCACUGCGCCGGAAACAUUCUCCUCCCACAGAAACUAAGAAGCAGGAUUCUGAGGACAAGACGACGGCGGAAAAUUAUCCUUUCAAGCUCAAGCAUCUGCAUACUGACCGUGUUUCGACUUAUUUGAUGCUAUUUCUAAAAGAUGCUAUUGCUCCGAAUACUCUGGAAAGCGUGUAUUUUCAAGAGAGCAACUCCUAUACGACCGUUGUUUCGAUUGAGGCAAUCUAUAAACAUGUGCUGCGUCGGCAGCGCGCUAGUCUAAGAAAAGUUCUUAUUGAUCGUUCGCGACGUGACGAAACCGUUUCUUCAAGUCAUGGCCAUUGGCGAGAUUGGAUGCUUUCUCGAGAGGCACUAGCGUUUGUGACAAGCGGACGGAUGCCUCAGCUCCGCGAGCUAGGUAUUGGGAUGGAUCGUCGAGAUUGGCAUUUCUUCUUGCAGAGACUACCCAAGUUAGCCAAUCUGCGAGCUCUUUAUUUGCCCAACAUGUUUGACUCGACCCUUGGAAGGAACAAACAUCGAGAGCUUGCUAUGCAAGUACUGGACAUUGUUACUUUACGACCGGAAAUUCAGUUAUGCUACAUCGGUAUUGAGAACAAAUGUUUUGAGAUUCUUGAAACUCCCGUAAGCGACAAGAAGGGAAAUAACGAAUUAUAUCGUGACUCUCCGUGGUUUUCGGACUCAAACAGUGAAUCAGGUGAUCAUGCAAACGCCCAAGGCUCGGAAUCCAACAGCGAGGAAGAAGACGAUGAUGAUGAUGACGAUGACGAUAAUAACAGCGAUAGCACGACCUCGCUUGCUGACGAUGACGAUGGUGACACGGAUGACAACGAGGACCACGACGGCAUUAGCAGUCCACGCUUUAUUUUCAGACUGCGCGAGAUACUUUUCUACGACGACAAAAUUUCAGUUUUCAAGGCUCGGCAUUGCUGCUUAUGA